GUAUGCCAUUACUACAGCAAGAGAAGUGUGUAUGAGAAGAAAGUUCUCGUAUAUCAUAGUUAUAUUUUGACAAAUAAUUAAAAAGGUAAAACAUGGAGAAAGGUGGAGUUGAGCAUGAGAUAACUGAGCUGAGAUUGGGUCUUCCGGGGAGAGAUGUGACGGAGAAGAUGAUGAAGAAGAGAGGCUUCACGGAGAUGAUCAUGACGUCUUCUGGAAGUAACAGUGAUGAAAGUGGUGUCGUUUCAGGUGGUGACGUGGAGAAAAUUAAUGAGUCACCCACGGCGAAAAGUCAGGUGGUGGGAUGGCCGCCGGUUUGUUCUUACCGGAGGAAGAACAACUGUAAGGAAGCUUGGACGACAAAAGUGGGGUUAGGGUAUGUGAAAGUGAGCAUGGAUGGCGUGCCUUACUUAAGGAAGAUGGAUCUUGGUUCGAGCCAAGGCUAUGAUGACUUAGCAUUUGCUCUCGAUAAGCUCUUUGGUGUCCGUGGCAUUGGAGUGGCCUUGAAAGAUGGUGAUAACUGCGAAUACGUUACCAUAUACGAAGAUAAAGAUGGGGAUUGGAUGCUCGCUGGAGAUGUACCAUGGGGAAUGUUCAUAGAGUCAUGCAAGAGGUUGAGGAUUAUGAAAAGAUCGGAUGCUACCGGGUUUGGUCUGCAGCCUAGAGGAGUAGACGAGUGAUCUGAUGACUUGAACAAGAAGCAAGUACCUGAUUAAUUAUUUAUCCUUAAUAUCAAGAUUCUCUAGAACAUUUUUCCUAUUCAUGUUAUAUAUGUUAUGGUUUGUAUAAUUAUAUUCAGAAAGACAGCUAUAUAUAUAUCUUUAUAUACAAUACUUGUUUCUUGAUUGUGGAGUUAAGACAUUAUUCUGUUUAAAAUUCACUGUUAUUCAGAUCCAUAUAUAUGCAGGAAACUUUAUGUUA